AUGUCUUUUGGACAGCUUGUCAUCGGCCCACCAGGCAGCGGGAAGAGCACCUACUGCCAUGGCAUGCAGCAGUACCUACAGCUGACAGGCCGAAAGGUCGCGGUCAUGAACUUGGAUCCUGCCAACGAUGCUCUCCCAUACGAUUGUUCGGUAGAUAUCGCGGAUUUGGUGUCACUAGAUGCAGUCAUGACCAGCCUUCAUCUUGGGCCAAAUGGAGGCUUGCUGUAUUGCAUGGAUUUCUUGAGCGAGAACCUUGACUGGCUGGAAGAGAGGCUGGCCCCUCUUCUACAAGAGGGGUACUACAUCAUCAUUGACUGCCCGGGGCAAGUGGAGCUCUUCACACUGCGCAGCGGGCUGCAGAAUGUGAUCAAGGCCCUCACAGACAGAUUGCACAUCAGGCUGGCAGCAGUGGAGCUGGUCGAUGCGCACCUGUGCUCGGAUGCCGGCAAGUUUCUGGCGGCGCUGCUGCUGAGCCUGUCCAGCAUGAUGCAUUUGGAGCUGCCCCAUAUCAAUGUCCUGUCCAAGGCUGACCUGGUGGAGGCCUACGGCGAGCUGCACUUUGACCUGGACUACUACACUGAGGUGCAGGACUUGUCCCGGCUGGUGGACACGAUAGGCGAGGAUGCUUUUGGGCGGCGCUACAGGAAGCUGUCAGAGGCGCUGGGGGAGGUGAUUGAGGACUACGGGUUGGUGAACUACACGCCGCUGGCCAUAGAGGACAAGGACAGCGUGCAGAGAGUGGUCGCCCUCAUAGACAAGGCCACCGGCUACGUGUUUGCGGGCCUGGCCGGCAAGAGCCCGUACCCGCCGGAGUUUGUGUACGGCGCCGGCGCGGCCGACAGCGGCGCGGCCGACAUGUGGGAGAGGCACCAGACCCAGCAGGAGCUGCGCGUGCACGAGCGCGAGCCCUCCUGA